AUGAUCCCACCACUGUCUGAGGCUGCGCUUGAUGCGAACCCUGCAUUUGCGCGGUUGUGGAGUUACGUGACCGAGGAGAUUCUCGAGGACGAUGGGUCCAGAAGGAUCGUGAACCAGGAGAGGACGAAAGAAUGGCGACGAGCAUUCGCUGAAAAGAGCGGAAAGCGUGAUGCUGCGCGGGGGCGGGCACGGAGAAGAAGAGUAGUGGCGGUGGUAGGGGGAGGAUCGGUGCGGCGGGUGACGGAUGAUGAUCAGGAGGUACAAAGUGAUUCCAGACAGGAGGUUGAAAUUGAGACUGAUGUCGAGGUCGACGGAACCGACGAGGAUGAGGAAGAUGAAGCGCUGUCUGGAUCGCGAGACGGGAGUUUGAUGCAGAACAAGGAGAAGGAGAAGAAGAAGACGAAGACGAAGACGAAGACGAAGAAGAACGACUUUAGCCUUGAAGAGAUGCUGCAUGAGACGAGGGUCGAGAAGAUGAGGAUGCAAGUGUUGAUGGAUGUGUUGAGAGACGUGGCGUAUUCGGAUGCUUCUCCUCUCGGUCCUGGGGAUUCUGCAGAGGAAGAAGAGAACACGACGCGAAGUUGCGGAACGACACAACCACAUCCACAUCCACAUCCACACACGGGAACCACGAAUGCAACGUCGAGUGGAAAUACAAACGCAAAGGCGGUCAAGGACAAUUUACUGGUCAUGACAGCCUACAUGGACACGGAGCGGCGCGGGUCAUCGGGACAUCCCAGCAGGCCACAACACGGACGGUACGCACAUCACGACCCGUCUCUACCUCAGCUAUCACGAGCCGAGCGAGAGCUGUUGAGUGAAGACACGGCAGUCUUUAGAGAAAACAUACCCGCCAUAGCGAAGCAGGUCGGGAGACGACUGGUCGAGGUUGAGCGCGGGCUCGGGGAGAUGAGCAGAUUAUUGUCGGCCACGACGAACACGGCGAACACGACGAACACAACACCAGCACCGACAUCAACCGCCCUCGUCGACAGUCUACGACACUGUCAACACUACCGGAACCUUCUGCGCUCCUCGCUCUCUCCUCGCCUCGGGGACCUCUCCACGGCCCUCGUCCGUCUCCUGUCGCUGCAGCGCGAGCAGUUGUCCGGCGCCAUCCGCACCCUCGAAGCGGCCAAGCACGGAACCGUAUCGCGCCACGCGCACGCCCGGACUGCGUUCUUCGCCACGGUCGCGCGCGCCAUGGCCCUCAAGACCCGCCUUGUCCUCCUCGAAGAGCGAAGCAGGGUGGAGAACAGCGACGCCGUGAAGGCGAAGAGGGCGCACGCGAGAGAGAUGAUGAGUCAAUUGGACCGCGAGGACCGCGACGUCACGGCGCGAAUUGAGGACUUGAAGCGGAUAGUGAGCGAGUAUGAUGCCGUCGAUUCCCAACAAACCGCCGCCGGCGAUCGCGUGGAAGGCAAAGGCGGCGGCGGUGGUGUCAUGACGAGACUUGGAAAACGGUACGGAGAGAUUGAAGAGGAGAUGGACAUUCUCAGGAGUGACAUCGAGAAAUUACAACUGGGACAGAAGACGAGAUGGAACGGAAGAAAACCGGAAAGGGACACAUAA